CUAGGAAGACAGGAAGAGUAGGAGGCUGGGUCUUGUCUGAGGUCGAUGGGAAAGACCCCAGCCUACUCUGACCUGUCGCUCUGCCUGUACACUCAAGAUCUGCUUCCUUGGACCCUUCUAGGAGCCGUUCACGUCCCCUAGGUCUUGCAGGCAUUGCCAAGACCCCCCACCCACUUAUCACCCGACCCAGGCACCUCUGCCUUGGAGUCCCUUUAUCAACCACACACGCGCCACACACUUACCUGAGGCCAUGCUGCCCAAGUCCCGCGUGGACCAGGAAGGCAGCCUACGAAAGUCUGCACAGCGAGGGAGCCGGGCUGAAGAGGGGAGAGGGCCCCCACCGGGGCGAAGUCGCGCCACUGGCCCCUGCACCCGCACUGAGAAGCGGGAAGGAAGGCAAGGUUUUCAAAAUGGCCAGCUGGCCGGGGGGCGGACUCCCGCCGACUUCAGCGGCCAGACUGACCUCAGGAGACCCCGGAGUCGCGACCCCAAGCCUGCACUCAAGAGGAAACAGGCCACGUGCUCCCCAGAAAACCGGACCCGGAAUUCGCCUAGGGUUCUUUCACCACUUUCUGGGAAUCAAUUAGGGAUCCGGCUCCUGUGGCCGGGCUACGGGGGAGUCACGCAACAGGUGCGACCCCGCCGAAACCUUCCGGGCUGCGCGCCAAUCUCGCGUACCCCAGGCCCCGCCAAGUCCGCGGCCACGCCCCGUUCGGCCACGCCUCUUGGCCUCCUGGCCACGCCCCAACCAUUUUCCCAGUUCCCUUACGCCACGUGGGCAGCCUCCGGACCAGGGUUGGCCUUGGCUUGGCCCUUUGGUCUUGGGCGAUUUCUGUGCGUCAGUUUCCUCAUCAGUAAGAUGGGAUGAGGCAAUGGAAACACCCCAUCCAAAGAAAGGAGUUACUGAGGACUGAAGGUAAAUCCCCUUUGCACAAUGUCUGGCACAAAGUCAGGUAGCUAUUAUUAGGGUCCCAGAAUCCAUUUCAAGCAGAAGCCCUGCCCUUGAAUUCUCCGCAUUCCCACCUGAAUCUAUUUCCUUCUAUCAGUCAUUGGUAGGCAGGAUGUGCCCUUCAAAGCCGGUUCACCAUCCCACAUUAAUUUCUAUGUUGACGUUAGACUAGCCAGAAUGCCUAGGUUCAAAUUCAGACAUCUCCACCUACUUUCUGACUGAUGGUGAACUUCUCUCUGGGUUUUACUGGUUAACUUUGGCUCUUACACCCGCUCUGAUGAAGAUAAAGGAGAUAAUUAUAAGUGCUUAGACUUGUGCCUGGCCUGUAAGUUACUUCCCAAUCAGUGUUCCUGGAAGAUUUCUUUGGCCUGGGAUCACUAUGGCCAGCUCACUGAUUUCUCCUUGUGGGUUAUGAGAAAUUGGGCUGUUUGAAUAGGGCCACAGACACCCUCUCAAACAAGGAUUCCUGCCUCCCAGGGGCAGCCUGUACCUACAGGAACCCUGAAAAGGAAAGUCCUCCCCUUUAUCAGCAGCAGUUGGUCCCUUCCCUCGCCUCUCCCCUGGGGGAGUCUUUGCCCCCUCACCCAGCUGCUCUGAAGUCUCUCCAGCUGCUUUCAGUCCCUCCUCUCCCCAACUGGAACUCUGAGUCCUGAUCCCCCAUCUCUAUCUGCAUCUGAUGUGGCCUCUAGGGAGUCUCCUAUCCGCUAUACUAAAACAAACUUUAAAAACUAUUGCCUUAGGCUGGGGGUGUCAGCUCAGGGGCAGUAUCCCUCUGCCUUACAUGCGAAAGCAAACCCCAGAAUUGCAGAAAAACGAUGAAAAUACAAAUUUUUAAAAAACCCUACAGGUGGCCUCCAUAAACUUGGGAGACCAGUGGGUUAUGGGAAUCCAGCUCACAGAGAAUCAGACUAAAAUAGAACAAGGAGAACCUUAUUCUUACACCGUUACGUUUAAAUAUCAAAACAGGAACCACUAAAAGCAUCGGAUACAGGUGAUGGUGUACUGAGCUGGGGCACGCAUUAUGUGGCUGUAAAUACUAAUAUAAUCUAAGAACCGUUUGGCAAAAUAAAAUCAAGUAUCGCUAUAA